AUGUUGGAGCUGGUGCGGCACGGACUGCGUCAGUGGCGGACAGGGCGGGAGCGGCGACCCGGGGGCGGCGCGCCGGGGGCGGGCGGGGGAGUGCGGCGGCGGGAGCAGCUUUCCUCCGGCCCGGGCACGGUGCAAGGGGUCGCGAGCAGCGACCCAGCCCAGCCCGGCGGCGUGGGCCGCUCGCGAGGAGCCCGAGCGACUGGGGGAGGGGCUCCCGCCUCCUCGGGCUCGUCAGCGGCGCUCCGCCCUUCCCGUGGCCCCGCCGCCCCAGGCCCGAGCGGGCGCGGCGCGGGAAGGAGCCGGAGAGGCUGGAGCGCGGCAGGUACACGGGCCCUUUCUAGCCAAACGUGCUCGAGAACAGUGCUGGUCUUCCUCGCCGAUGAGCCCGCGAAAUGGCCAAGGCUCCUGGGAAAUGCCGUGCCUCGGGACAUGCGCACGGCGAGUGACAGCGCCAGGGCACGUGGAGUGCUGGGGCCGCCGCCGGCUGCGCCUGGAGGGAGCGGGCUGCGGCUGCGGCUCGAAAGCGGGAAGGGUCCCGUGCAAAGACCUAGUGGGUACUGCUGCCAUCGCCUUGAUAACAUUGCACUGAUGGAAUCAUGCCUUCAGUUGAAGAGCAUUCAGGUUUGCUGCAGGUACCUCAGAAUUGACUUCUUCUUAAUACAGUGACCAUACAGGAUCAAAGAAAAAUGGUCUUCUCUUUUUCAAAUAUUUGAGUUUGUUGUCUGUAACAGCAUGGUUUUCUGUGAAAAGUGACAGAAGAAUCUU